CUUUCACUUUCCGUCCCAGUCAUGCCCGGUUUUCCGCCCGCCUGCGGGGCUCCUUCCCCUUCGGAACCACGACCCUUGCUGGCGGCCUCCGGACCGGCAGGUGACGCUGUGGGGCCUCUUGAGGCACGACUGGCCGGGCGAACCGCCGGUUCCUGGCCUGUGGCGUCGGGAGGGAGGCGCGGCGGUUUUCGAAGGACGCAAGUGCGGGGAGCGUCGCGCACCGGCCCCGCCGGCACCAUGGGCCGCAGUAGAUUCUGCCUGGCUCUUGUGCUAACUGUUCUUCAUGCGGUGGCUGCAAAUGAAGAUGCACCUGUUGUUCACCAGGACUCCUGGGGAGAUUUUUGGCUGUUACGGUUUUUGGUCAAUGCUGCAGGCUAUGCAAGCAUUGUUGUGCCAGGCUUCUUGCUUAUACAGUAUUUUAAGAGGAAAAAUUAUCUUGAAACAGGCCGAGGAAUUUGUUUUCCGGUAAUCAAAUCAUGUGUUUUUGGCAAUGAGGCCAAAUCAGCGCAUCAGGAUGAUGCCAUUUUGGCAGCUCGAAAUGAGACUGUAGAGUCAUCCACAGCCCGUCAAGUUUUCAAGCUGCUAUUCUGCGCAACUGGCCUACAGAUCUCCUAUUUAACAUGGGGUGUCCUGCAGGAGCGUGUGAUGACCAGGACAUAUGGAGCAAGUGGGUCGGAGCCUGGAGAGAAGUUCAAAGAUUCUCAGUUCCUUGUCUUCAUGAACCGGAUCCUGGCCUGUACUGUGGCUGGUCUCUACUGUGCUCUAAUCAAGCAGCCCCGUCAUGGCGCUCCCAUGUACAAGUAUUCUUUUGCUUCCCUCUCCAACAUUCUCAGCAGCUGGUGCCAGUAUGAAGCUCUCAAGUAUAUUAGUUUCCCCACACAGGUGCUGGCCAAAGCCUCCAAGGUGAUUCCAGUCAUGCUGAUGGGCAAACUGGUGUCACGCAAAAGCUAUGAGUAUUGGGAAUACUUAACAGCCGCACUCAUUUCAGUAGGGGUUAGCAUGUUCUUGCUCUCUAGUACUCAUGACAAGCAUCUCUCCACUGUCACUACCUUCUCUGGCGUGAUCCUCCUCGGUGGCUACAUUGCUUUUGACAGUUUCACUUCCAACUGGCAGGAUGCACUCUUCACCUAUAAGAUGUCCUCAGUGCAAAUGAUGUUUGGAGUGAAUGUCUUUUCUUGCCUAUUCACCGUGGGUUCGUUGCUGGAGCAGGGUGCCUUGAUAGAAUCAAUAAACUUUAUGGCACGGCAUUCAGAAUUUGCUGCCCAUGCUGUGCUUUUGUCGGUGUGUUCCGCCUUUGGACAGCUGUUCAUCUUCUACACCAUCAACCAAUUUGGAGCAGCUGUCUUCACCAUUAUCAUGACUCUACGCCAAGCCUUUGCCAUCCUGCUUUCUUGUCUCAUCUAUGGCCAUGCAGUCACUGUGAUAGGUGGGCUGGGAGUAGCUGUGGUUUUCAUAGCACUUUUCCUCCGUGUCUAUGCCCGCAGUCGCAUGAAGAAGCGAGCAAAAAAAGUACCUGCUGGUGAGGGCACAAUACAAAAGGUUUAGGAGCUACAAGAAAAACUCUUGUCCUCCCAGCCAUUCUCCCAGAGAUCCAAAGCAUUUGCUUAAUCCUGCUCAUGAACUUCGUAGGGAGCUGGAAAGGGCGAAGCUUGAUUAUUUUUUUCCCAGAUGAUUUUUUGAAAAGUACUGGGUUGGCUUGAAGAAAAUGAAGGAGUGCUGCUUCUUACUGUUAAUGUCUGAACAUUUUUCUCAAAACAAGUGGUACUGAGAUCCUUUUCCCAGUGAACAGAUGGAGGUAAGCCUAAUAUGCUUACCCUGACUUGUGGUUUUAUAAGAAAUGGCUUAUUUAUGAUCAGGGCAAAGUGGAAUUGUUUUUAUACAGUUCCCAUCCUACUGCUGUGUGAAAGGGAAUAACAAGAGUAAAACUUCUAAAAGUUCUUAUCAGAACAAAAUAUCCAAACUUAACUAUUGAAAGACCAACCUAGCCCAGCUCCCGUAGGAAAUCUGGGACUUACCUUACUGCAAGUAACUUUUUUUAUAAUCGGGGUUGCACUUAAAAAAAAAAAAA